AUUAUUCCAAAAAGCGGUGCAUCUAGGCAUCUCACAAGUCCUUCUUGACACAACCAUUGUCUCGCGCUUCGAAUAAUUGUUUGUUUGGGUGGGUGAGGCGCGCGGCGUGCGGAACUCAAUGUCCCGCAAUGUUCCACCCGGCCCCAUUUCGCCACCGGAGCGCCGUUUGUUUUGAUGUUAACAGCGGUAGUCCUUCAGUCUCGCAAACGAAUACGACAUUAUGAAACAUGAAUGAAAACACAACAUGACUAUUGUAUAAACUGGAAUGGAAGCCGACGAUCUUUCGACCUUUCGAGAGCGCUGGAAACAUGAAUUAAAGACCGAGAAAAGCAGUAAAGACAAAGUGGGAUAUUUUGGACACCACAGUAAGGAAAGCCCAUCUGAUCAAAACACAAGCUACUGGCAGAAACAGACACAACCCAGGCACCAAGAUCAGCCGCAGUAUGUGUCCAUCGCCGAGGGUUUGUUGGACGGCAGAACCAGUCCGCUGCUUGAAAGGAUCAAGGAGGAGAGGACGCGCAGGAAGCGCGCACCCGAGAGCGAUGCGAUAAACAAAGGCGCGCCUCCUAAGAAAGUGAGCGGCUCAUGCCACAAACUGCUUGAGCAGUUCAUUCAGGAUUUGAAUGAAGUGAAUGACAUCCCGUUCUUUGAUGUGGAGUUGCCCUAUGAACUGGCACUGAAGAUUUUCCAGUUUCUGAGCAGAAGAGACCUGAGCCGAUGUGCUCAGGUUAGUAAAUCCUGGAAGGUUUUGGCUGAGGAUGAGGUGUUGUGGCACAGGUUGUGUCUGAAGGAAGGUUUUCACAGCGGGGCAAGUAUCUCUGACUCCCUCUGCUGGAAGAGCAUGCUCAGAGACGCAUGCAACACUGAGAGCAUUGUGAAAUCAAACUGGAAGAAUCGUGUUGGGUCUAUUCGCAACCUACAGUACGAGUUAGGAAAAGUGUUGUGUGAUGUCAGUUCCUGUGCUGGGCUUGUUAUUGCUGGCUACACCUCUGGUGAUGUCCGUCUCUGGGACACACUUCACUGGGACACGUCUUACCUGCGCUCCACGCACUCUAUCAGAAACGAGAGUCCAGCACCUCACAUCAGUCUUGUACGAAUCAAUAAAACCAUAGCCACAGCUGCUUAUGAGAACGGUUGUGUAGAUGUUUGGAGCACUGAAACUGGUCUUGAACCCAUUCAUCAGUACCAGCAUCUACAGAGGGUUCAUGCUCUGGAUCUAAGCCCAGACUGUCCAACAUUGGCCUCUGCAUCAGGACCAGAGGUUCGCCUGGACUCUACAGAUGAGCAGGGCUACUGGAGAUCACAAUGUCUCAAUCAGUUACCCAAACCUGUAGAUGGAGUGCUGGUGGUACCGGGGAGGCGGGACUUCCCUUUGGUCACAGCGUGGGCAGGGGAAAGUGUUUACCUGUUGGAUUCCAGACGGAAGGAAGAGGAACCAGAUGUUCUGCAUUCUGUGUACGGCCACCCGGUCACCUGUGUAGACGUGACGGCCUCCAAAGCUGCUCUGGGGGUCAAGAGCUGUGGUUGGGGGAUGAAUGAUGGCGGAAACAAGAUUCAGGUGUACAGCCUGGAGACCAGACAGUUGGAGAUAACCGUGGGGAACUCGGCGGGGGACUUCACCUGCGUCAACCUGCGAGACAGCCCCCCUCACCUGCUGGUGUGUGGAAACAAAGACAGGCGUGUGAGAGUGUUUGACUUGCGUACCGGCUCGUCGGUUCUGUCUCUAUAUGCCCAUCACAUGGGCGUGACCACCGUCCAGGCAGAUGAUUGGAAGAUUGUCAGUGGUGGUGCUGAGGGAUUGAUCAGUGUGUGGGAGAUGAGGAUAGGAGCCAAACUCUGGGAAAUGCACAACAGGCACCCGGUUCGACAUAUAGAGUUUAACGGCAGCACACUAGUGACGGCUAACAUCCCUGAUGAGAAGCAGCCUCGUGGGGCUUGUAUCACAGACGAUGACCUCACCGCUCACCGAAGACACAGGGGGCUGAUCUGUCACUAUGAUUUCUCUAUGGACUCAUUGGCACCGGACCAUGUUCUGCCCAUCUGCAGGUCAAACUACAUCGAGUCGUCCGGUUACAACUUUAAUAUUGGCUUGGCCAUGCCUUAUGAUAUAUUGAGUGGCCUUUAGAUUGCCAUCUGUUUUGCAGUUCUUUAGGGUCAGGCUUCACAAAGAAAACAUAUUUUGGUAUUUACUGAAAAGUCAUUCAAAUCAUACUUUGUAAAGUCGUCUGAAUUUCGAUGACUCAGUUUUAUAUGGAUGAUUUUCUCUCUGCUGAAUUCAUGGCCUAAUUGUUUCAUUCCAAAAAUCACUUUUGUUUCCAUAAAUCUUUCUUUUUUCUGGUUCAUACAGAGAACGUUGUUACUACAAUGACUGCUAGAAAAUAGUGACGAGUACAUUCAUUUUCAAUAAUUCAAAUUCGUAAUCGUGGAUUAUUCCAUACAUGGGUAUUUCUGAGUCCAUCUAACCUUUAUAUUAUAUCAAUUAGUGUUUUAAAAGCACAAUAAGAAUAUCCAUGUAUUUUCUAAAACAAUGAUUAUUUGAUUGUCUUGAAUAUGAAGAAAAGAUUACACCCUAUGGGGAAUUCAAACAACAAUAAUUUGUGUAAUACAUAAUUUUGAGUAUAAAUUAAAGCAUACUUAAAUAUUAAUAAGUCCAUCUACUUUAAUGUUUUGAGUACCACGUGUUACACACCCCCUAAUAUGUAUAAAAAUAAAACCCUCAUAAUAAAUACAUAUUUGCCAAA